UUUCAUGCAACGGUCUUAAGGUCAAAGGUCGUAUUAGAAGUACCCAAAAAUGUCUUCUGAAGAAUCUCGUCCAAGAAGAGCCAAUGCAGGACGCAACAUCAGCAAGCUUGUCAGCCAGGAGCUAGGAGGGGACGAGUUCUACUCCUCUUUAUACGGUGGCUUUGAGGAGGAAGAGGAAGACCUGCAGUAUGAGACGGAGGGUUCGGAUGAAGACACUGUAGACAGUGAUUUUGAUGUUGACGAGUCUCAAUGGGGCGAGCAAACUGAAACUGAGGUGGAGGAAACAAAGAGAAAGAAGAAGGAGUGGAUCAAAACAUACAAAGCUAAGAGCAUUGCUGCUGAGGUGAAGCCACCCAAACCCAAGAAGCCUCGCUCCACUGUGACCACCAUGACACUACAAACCAUUGGCGGACGACCAGAACCACUUCAGAGAACAUUCCGCAAGUCCACACAGCACGUUAGUCAGGAGUACAAGAAGAGAUUUGAAUUAGAAGAAGAGGAGCAAAGACGACGUAAAAUGUAUCAGGCUAGGAGAGCCAAGCCAGAGAGGAAGUUGACACAGCAAGAAUUACUAGAAGAAGCGAAAAUAACAGAGCGAGAGAAUUUGUCAACACUUGAAGCAUAUUCUCGAAUGGAAGCAGAGAAAAAGAAGGUUGAAAAAAAGAAGGUUGUUUAUUCUGGACCUGUGAUUCGUUUUCACUCUACGUCAAUGCCAUUUGUAACAGAGAUUAGUAAUAACACAACUAUUGAUCACAGUCGACCUCCGGAUAGUACCGAUACACACACACAAGGCUCGACAAAUGUAUCGGAAAAUUCUGCUAACUCUCAAAAGGAUACGAACAAGUCAACUAAUAAGUACACAAGAAAUUUCCUUGUUUUCACGGACACUCAAGGAUUUCCAGAGUCGUAUUUCCCGACUGAUAAACCCAAGUACCCACGGAAGAGGUUCUGUCCUGUCACUGGUCUACCAGCCAAGUAUGUGGACCCUCUCACUGGCACCCCAUACACCACAUCAGGUGCGUUCCGUGUGAUCAGGAACCGUUAUGUGAGUGAGGGAGAGCAGACGUGUGAACGGAGGCUGCUGCAACUAAGUAGCUGGCUGCUCGAGAAAAAAAGGAAGAAAAUGGAAGACACUCCUUAAUAAAUUUCCGUGGUGCUCGUACUUUUGUUCACAGCAUUGAUCAUUGUUGUCUCAGUG